AUGAAAGAUGGAGGAUACUUCACGAAGGAAACGCGCGGCGGGAGCCCCAACUGCCACGCCUACCGGCCAAUAAGGGGCCGCGGCGUCUCGUCGAGGAGGGGUUGGGAGGGGUGCGCGGGGCGCCGGCGCCGCCGUGGUCCGCGCGCCAGUCUGCAGCCAGCCUGCGUGGGUGCUGCGCGCCUGCGUGUCGCCGUGAGAGCAGAGCAGCUUCCCGCGCCGCGCCGUGCCGAGACGGACUUGCGAUGCGCCAUGGAGCAGCAGGUGUCCCCUGCGGCUGCUGAGGAGCAGGCGGCGGCGGCGGACGCCCCGCAGCCCAGGCCGCUCAGCUUCUCCGCCGAGCAGGUCGCCUGCGUCUGCGAGGCCCUCCUCCAGGCGGGCGACAUCGCGCGGCUGGAGCGCUUCCUGCGGCUGCUGUCGCCGGCGGGGCUGAUCCGCGGCCACGAGUCGGUGCUGCGCGCGCGCGCCGCCGUCGCCUUCCAGCGCGGCCACUACCACGAGCUGUACGCCAUCCUCGAGUCGCAGCCGUUCAGCGCGCGCCACCACGCGCACCUGCAGCAGCUGUGGUUCGCCGCGCACUACCGCGAGGCGGAGCGCGUGCGCGGCCGGCCGCUCGGCGCCGUCGACAAGUACCGCCUACGCAAGAAGUACCAGCUGCCCAGGACCAUCUGGGAUGGCGAGGAGACCGUCUACUGCUUCAAGGAGCGGUCGCGGAACGCGCUCAAGGAGUGCUACAACCGCAACCGGUACCCCACGCCCGACGAGAAGAAGGGCCUGUCCAAGAAGACGGGCCUGACGCUCACCCAGGUGUCCAACUGGUUCAAGAACCGGCGCCAGCGCGACAGGCCCGUCCACACCCGGAGUGGCAGCACGAGUAGCACUGGGAGCAAUGGAACAGCUGCAGAUGUCAGCCUUUUGUGGGGCAGUACUACUCCGACCCUGUGCUAUGCCACUCAUGGGGUUCCAGGAACUGGUGGAGUGAAGAGUGAACCUGAUGCGUAUAUUCAGGCUGCUUACAGUGCUGGAUACGAUGCUGUUCUGUCACCUCAAUGA